CUAAAUAUUAUGCAAGAUUACUUAAUACAUUAAUAUGUAAAUUUACACAAUUCAUAGAAUUCUUUUUGUUUCCAUACAAUUUUUGUUCUGAAUAUUUUUAUAAUUAACCACGGUCAAAUUUGUAACUAAUUGUUUUGUUUAACUCAUUGAUUUUUUAUAAAUAAAAUCGUCUGAUUAUACGUUAUAAAAAAGAAAGUAACAGUUCACUGACGAUGGUAUACAUUCUUACGUAAAUAUAAUACCUAUUGCGGGUCAUGUUGAGCAUCCCCAUGCCUCAGACUGCCCACCAGCCAUGUUUUCAAAUUUGUUAUUUUUUACUAGCUACUAUCACUUAUUGUAAGAUUCAGGCCUCAGCUAAACUCUUCAUGUUGGUUAUCUGAGAGAUGACGUUCUACAUAUCUGGUCAAGCCGAAUCACUUAUUCCUUAAUAUCGAGCCAUUUUGAGUAAUUGCUAACUCAAAUUGUUAUUCCCGGAAAUCUUAAAUAAAGCAUGUCAAUCUAAAACCAUACUUACCUCUAAUUUUAUAAAAAUUACCACGAUAAUAACAUUUCAUUUACCAGGCGACGUUUACCGUAAAGCCAAGCAAUGCCAGAUGUUAGUUUAAUGAGAUUUAUUUCAAAUAAAAAUCCAAGAAAGUAAUUGAGUGCAAAGGACAUUAGGGACGUGUUUUUAUUUUAUAUGGUGGGCACUGGGCAGCGGGUAUUGCGGCCAAUAACGUGGUCCAGCGUUUGCUGUUCGUCCGGCUAUAAACACAUUUCUUUAAGCUCCAACCUCCCUUUUGGCUUUAUUCGAAAAACCAUUCGCUGGUUUUACUGCGGCCAUUCGUUUCGCAUUAUUGUUCUAUUAUUGCUGAGGUAAGUACCGCAUUAUAAUUUUUAAAACGUGCUGAUCGUUGUGUUUGGCAAUGAUAAAUGUUCAACAAUCAACUGUGUUUAGAUAAAUUCUAAGUUACCAUAUAUACAUGAUUCUGAAAACAUAACAAAAAAAGACUAAUUAAAGAACUUGCAUAUUCAGUCGAGUGUAAAUUGCAAAAGAAAUAUAAUUAAACCUACAUAACUUUUGCAUUACAACAUUGAGAUAUUUACCACAUAUUUUGCCAACCAAUUGAAGGCUAUAAAUUAUUUGAUUUCGAAUUACCUAAGUAAGUUAUAAAUUGAAAAUAAGUUGAUAAAUUUCAGGGGUUUCUUACAUCAGUUACGUGAUGUGCUUACAACUUACACAUAUAUUGUUGGGCUUUUCUUUCAAAUAAAAACCUACAAUGUUUCGAUUGUUACUAGGUAUUUUCCUUUAAAUGUAUGAUAAAAAAAUAGGCAUCUGUUGAGACGAUUGGAGUCAGGAUUUGCGAAGGUAUUACAUAAUUUUCUAUUAGUAUGUGAACAUAAAACAGAAUUUCAACAUUUAUGUACUUACUUACUUGCAUAAAAAGUAAAAAUAUUUAGGUAAUGUAGUAAGUACUUUCAUCAAAGUGUAAAUUACGUUAUCCCUAGUACUUAAAUCUCCAGUAAAUAAUGUAAUAGCUACGUAUGGAAUUGAUACAAUUAAAAUCCGCUAGGUAUGUUUUUAAAUGACUUGACUUUAUUUUUACCAACAACAGAAUGCCACGUGCCUAUAACAAUUUAUCUGAGAACAUACCUAAGUACCAUCUUUAUUUUCACCAUUGAUAAAGUUUGUUUCACCACAGAUUAAUUAGUGUUAAUGAAUAUUUCAUCAAUCUUUUAAAUAUUAUAAUGAAUUACAUUUUAUUUAGAUAGAUACCAUAUAGUAUAUGGAACAAAGGACACAAUAUUUUAUUAAAGUAGGUAUCUAUGUACUGUACAAUAAUACAGAAUAAUUAUUUAAAUUAAAAUCAGUGUUUUAAUGUCAAUUUUUAUUACUAAUUCCCAAAGAUAAUAAAGCUGUUGGGAUCUUAUUUCUGGCCUAACAAAUUUGUAACCUUAAUUUUCAUUUUUAAAUAAUAUACUCACAGUUAUUUACAAAUCGGAGUCCAUUAUUAUUAUGCUUGCAACGUUUUGUUUUAGUAAUCUGUGGUCCACGUCAAACGUUCCGUGACCAUCAGCUGUGACCUUGUUACCAAAGACAAAAAUAACCUAAAAACAGCGCGCGACGAACACGAUACUUUUAAUUGUGUAUAACAUUUUGUAGUUGAGUAAACGACGACUUCCUUCGAGCUAACGAGAUGGCAUUUUUACUGAAGUUUAUAUCGAGAGGUACGCGGAUGGCUGCACCUUUUCGGCGAAACUGCAAUGGGCUCGCGGGUCCGCUUGUACUUUCUAAAGAAGUCCGUGAAGCAAAGGCUGAAAAUAAACCGAUUGUUGCUCUAGAAUCAACGAUUAUAUCUCACGGAAUGCCUUACCCUCAUAACCUAACAACGGCUUUGGAAGUGGAGAAUAUAAUAAGACAAAGGGGCGCAAUACCAGCCACAAUUGCUAUACUUAAUGGUCAGCUAACAGUCGGCCUAACUGAAGAUGAGCUCCGCUAUCUAGCUCAGGCUAAAGGCGUCGUGAAGGUCUCAAGAAGAGAUAUCGCACCAGUAGUAGCUGCUAAACUCGAUGGAGCCACGACAGUAGCUGGAACAAUUAUUGCCGCUGAACUGGCCGAUAUACCUGUUUUCGUUACUGGUGGUAUAGGUGGUGUGCAUCGAUAUGGUGAAACUACUAUGGACAUUUCUGCGGACUUGACCGAGCUCAGCCGCAACAAGACCCUGGUAGUCUGCAGUGGAGUGAAAUCUAUUCUUGACAUUGGAAGGACUCUUGAGUAUUUGGAAACUCAAGGCGUGUGCGUGUGUUCAUUCGGUGAAUCAGAUGAUUUCCCAGCUUUUUAUACGAUGAAGUCCGGGCAUCGCGCCCCGCACCGCGUGCCUGAUGCUCUUCAUGCAGCUCGCCUCCUGCACUCUUCACGUCUGUUACAACUUGGAUCCGGCAUUCUCGUCGCAGUGCCAUUGCCUCAGGAACAUGCAAUGGACGAAAAAAUAAUAGAAGACGCAAUUAAUUGUGCAUUAGAAGCUUCGAGAGAAAAAGGAAUUAACGGAAAAGAAGUGACGCCAUUCGUUUUGUCAGCCGUAGCGAGCGCCACCCACGGCGUCUCCUUAGAUGCCAAUAUCGCCCUCGUAAAGAAUAACGCUAAAGUCGGUGCCGAUAUUGCUGUUGAGUUUAAAAAACUUAAUAACAAGCACAUGUCAGAUAAGAAAUUAAAUGUGACACAUACAGUAAUUAGAAGGGAGUUCCACACGUCGUGUCACGUAAGAGCAUCUGAGGGAUGUAAAGGUAAAGACGACGUGCCCUUGUUUACUCUGGACAAACACGCAAAAGGUGACGUGCUAGUAAUAGGCGGCGCUAAUGUGGACCAAGUAUACAGACUGGCCGAACACAAGAUCCAGCUAGAUGGCAGUACCCACGCAUGCGCAACGGUGCAGUGCGGCGGAGGCGUCGGCCGCAAUAUGGCGGAAGCGCUGUGGCGGUUGCAACGGGGCCGCACGCGACUCUUGACAGCCGUCGGCGACGAUGUCCACGGAACUUACAUCGCUAAUAUUGCACCGGGACUAUUACUUGAUGGUUGCAUCGUGAAUGGAGGCCGCACACCAAGCUACGCUGCCAUUCUGGAUUCCAAAGGAGAGUGCCUCCUCGGGCUGGGCGAUAUGGAGCUACACAACCACAUCACUAUCGACCUAGUAAAUAAGCAUAUCGAAGUUUUAAAAGAUGCUCCACUCGUGGUUAUCGAUGGAAAUCCUCCUCAGGAAACAAUUAACCACGUGUUAAAACUGUGUCACGAGCUACAAAAGCCAGUUUUCUUCGAGCCGACAGACCGCAGAAAAGCAAUAAAAGCCAUUAAUGAAGAAUCUACUGUCACCUUUACUUCACCAAACUUAAAAGAAUUAAGGGCAAUGGCAUACUAUCUUGAACCUCAUAAGAAAAUUAAAAAAACGAAUGAUAUAAAUGAAAUUUCCGCAUUAUCGAGAAUAGUUUCAGACUAUUUUAAAUGUCUCAUUGUUACUAUGGGUUCGAAGGGUGUAGUAAUUGUAAAUAAUUUGACUAACGAUAGUGAUAAUAUUUCUUUUUAUCAAGUCAAUGUACUAGACAACGUUGAGAAUGUGUCCGGUGCUGGAGAUUGUUUUGCAAGUGGAUUUAUUAAUGGAAUUCUUCUAGGGUAUACACAAUCACAGUGCAUUAAUUUAGGUCUCGAGACUGCGAAACAAGCAUUACUAAGUAAAAAUACCGUUCCAUUUGAUCUGCACACAAUUAAACUGAAAUAGACUAGGAGUUAUCCUGGGUAUUAUUAAAUUAGUCUAUACUUUACAUCUGAUACGAGUCAUUCAACGUAAAUAGGUAUAUAUAACAUUUGCUUCGAGCUUCGCCCACGUGAAAGUAUUCCGAAAUAAAAGUCCCGCUAUAUAUUUUCCGGGGAUAGAAAUUACCCUGUUUUUCCCAGAGUCUCAAACUAUGUCCAUAUCAAAUUUCAUCGAAAUUCGUUCGGUAUUUUUUGAGUUUAUCAAGUUCAGACAAGCAGACAGAUGCGGUAAAGAACUUUGUUUUAAAAUAUAUUUUUGUAUUUUUAUAUUAUGUACCUUUUUUUUUUUUUUUUCUCUCUCUCUGGCAAGGCGCGGUUUGCGCAUCUGCCAAUGUCAACGUUUUUGGAUAGACAGUUUAUAAAGUAAGUUGCACUUUGUAAAAUAAAGUUAGGGAAACAACAGGAAAUAAAAUGAAGACCGGGGAAUUACGGGAUAGGAUCAGAGGAAUAUAUUUAAAAUAAAUAAAAAAUAGGAAAAACUGUUACACUUUGAUAUUAUUUAUACUUAUAUAUACAGAUAAAAUACGAUAUAUGUCUAUAUUAUAAUUACAGAGUAAAGUACAUAUAUUUGUAGGAAAAGGAACACCAAGUGAGGACAGGCUGGAAUAAAGGGAAGAAUGAUCAUGGUUAGGACAAGAAAAUAUAAGGUGAUUUAGAUCCCCAACAUCACACCCACAACUACAUGCCGAAGAUUCCACAAUUCCAAGCCUCGCAAGACGGGCUGGGGUACAUACGUGCCCCAGACGCAUCCGUAUUAAAACAGAUGUAGCCGUCUUGCCAAGCUUCAAACCGCAGAACCACGGCCGCAGUGGUAUCGUAGGCUGGAUUAGAUAAUAAAAUUUGCCCUUUGACAUACCGCUAGAUGUCCAAAGUUCACUCCAGGAUUCCCGAAGAUGAACUCUAGGCAAAGCGGCCAAGUCAUGGCUAUAAUUUUUAUACGGAAAUAAAUCUCCACAGUCCACCGCUUGAUUGGCCAGUU